UAAUAAUUAUGUAGGUAGGUACGUAUGUAUGUAGGUAUGCGCGUGUUUCGUGGUCGGUCGACUAUUUAAUGCGACAGGAAGCGGUGUCGAUUUUAAGGAUUGCUCGAACUAGGAAAGCCUCUCAGGUCAUUGUUCCUUUAUUUACGCCGAAACGCUCUUUUUGUUUCACAAAGAUAAAUUACUGUUUGUCGUCCCCUAAACGUUUUUUAUGUGUUACCCUAAUUCCGACAUCUGUUAUCGCGGCUUGUAAUUAUUUAAAUGCAUUUAUACCUACAUUUUUUUUUUGACUAAUUGUUGCUUUAAUAUAAACUUAUCCAUCUAUCUAACCUUUAUUACUUUCUCGGAGUUACAAAUACAAAUAAACUAACUCGUAGCAGUCCCAGACAAAGCUUUGAAGAUGGGUUAGUCGUAACUCGUAGGGAACAAACAUUAACAAAGACUGUCGGUGCCCAAAAUGGAUUACAAAGAAGUGAGGAAAUGGACUACGUUUUGUUAGAGCGAGUGUGUCGAAUGGGGGUGGAAUAAAAAGUCGGAAAAAUGGAUGACAGUUCACCAGAUUUGUCGCUUAAACUUCGGCGAGGGUCGAGCGACUCCAGGGAGUCGUUUUAUAUGGACUUCGCUCAAGGGAUAGACUCGGAUAUAGAGGAGGUGACUACAAUUGAACGGAUCAUACCUGAACAUCCUGGUGGGAGGGCGGAGGGAGAUGCGGAUACGCUGGCGACGCCUUCCGGGCUGGAUGACAAGGAUUUGUCGCAAUGUUGCUACUCCAUACCGGCGAACAACAUGUCGGGAGGCUCGCACGUGUCCAGAGGAACCUUCGUGGACUCGGAGAUAUCCAGCAGCAGCGCCGCCCCGUUACCCAGCCCGGCGUCUGCGGGGGCUGCGCUGGUGUCUCCGGAGACCCUGAGCCGGCAUAGCAGUCCCCCACCAAUACCGGCUCACCCUGCGCACCAACCGGCACCGUCAUGUUCCUCGCAUCGUGUACAUAUGGAGUCUCCAUUGAGGUUGUCAAGCCCGCCGUCAAUGACCCUGGGCGCGUCACUCUCCCUUCAGCCGAUGCUGUACGGUCCAGGAGGUGGUGGCGCGCAGCCGCCGCUCCCCCCCAUCAGGCAUCCACGACCUUCUGCUGCGAUACAAAACAUGCAUGUUAUCAGUGCUGGCGAUGCACUUGCGACGACUCUCUCCGCGUUGUACGGAAAGUUGCUUGUAGUGAUGGGCGUCGCGUUUCCUAUGGCCGAAGUCAUUUCAACAUACAUUCCACCGUCUUUUUAUGAGGGUUUCUACCUGUACCUGUACAUCGGCAGUAUGGUGUUCCUACUGUACAUGUACGCGGCUCUGAUGCGAGACAGGGCGCGCUCUGCAGCUGACACGACCGUCGUUGCCAAAUCGGAUACGAGUUCGUCCCAAUCGGAAUCGGAUUCGUGUUCGUCGCGCACGGAGCGUAGUACUACCACCGCGACUCACCUGCCGCCGCACCUGGCCGGCAAGCGACUGUCUUUGGGAUUCGCGCUCACAUCGCGCACUCACCACUACGGCAGCUUCUACUUGAGGAUGGGUGCUGUUGCCUUUGGAAUCGGGUCUAUGAUCUACUCCGGUCUGGAGUUCGGUCAGUACUGGGAACUGGAGAGAAACACAAACUGCCACAACGUCCUGCUCGCGUUGACCCCUGCUACGAGAAUGGCCUUCAUCUUCAUACAGAUGUAUUUCAUCUUUCUGAAUAAUGAGAUGAAAGUGUACAAGCACAAGAUAGUGGCGCGCUUCGGGCUGAUGCACAUGGUGGGCACCAACCUCAGCGUGUGGCUCAACGUGCUGGUGCAGGAGACCAAGCACGAGAUCCUCACCUUCUACGAUCCGGAGAACAAAACCAUCGGCAUUUCCCAUAGACUUGCAUUCCAAAAGGCUUUCGCGUCGCUGUCUACAGAUGUCCCGCCCUCGCACCCGGCAGCUGCACAUCUCCGAGUUCCCCGCGGCCUAAAGGGUCCUCACCAUAUCUUCGAAUGCCGUCGAACAAACAUAAUGGGCUCGUUGGUCCAAGACGCUUCACCAUUCCUUUUCCCAUGCACUAUAGAAUACUCCCUAAUUUGCGCAGCAAUUCUUUACGUCAUGUGGAAAAACAUCUCAAAGUAUCCAUCCAAAAAUGUCGCCGAGGCCAUAGCCAAAGCUCGCCUUUUAGAAGGAUUGGCGUACAAGAAAUCCCCGCAUCUAUACAGCGUGGAUUGCGCUAGAGCUCACAAGGGUUUAUUUUUUGGGAUUCUAGUUCUCGUAUUGACUAUUAUAUCGCUUAUAUUGUUCUUCGUCUUGAUAUCGAGAAAAGAGUACGCUACUUUAGCAGUGGUCGAGGUGAAUGUCUGCGAGUUAGCGCUGUACGCUAUGACCACGUUUGCAAGCUUAGCGGGAAUGGUGUGCGUACGGAAUCUCAAGUACGACGGAAACAGGAAUCUGGAACUCGAUAACAUACUCCUCGUUGGAGCUCAAACUGGAAUGUUCAUUUACGGAACGUUCACUAUAAUUGGCGGACAUUUCACAAUAGAAAAGAAUACGAUACUCAUACUGAUAACGGCUCUCUCGUCGCUAGUUCAAACGACAUGUCAAACGAUGUUCAUACUGGACGCCAGUCGGAGAUCUGCUAAAACACCGGAGCAAUUGAGGAAGAAGCCAGGCAGAGAGAUAGUCACGUUCCUCCUCGUGACCAACCUAGCUAUGUGGGCAAUCAACACGCUCGAGAAAUCUCGCGCGGAAUCGCAUCCCGUUCAGUUGCAUUUCUACGGAUUGUGGGCUUGGACUAUCAUAACGCACGUCUCGAUGCCGCUCGCGAUAUUCUACCGUUUCCAUUCUACUGUCUGUUUGUGUGAAAUAUGGAAAAGGGCGUACAAGAUGAAGCCCGCUUACAUGUAGCGAAUAGCGCCAACCAGAGGCGAUGAAUCAUGUUACUUUUGAUCUGAACUAUGAUACCACAUAAAUAUACUUGGAUUGUAGGAAAGUGGCGUAGAUAGCUGUUAGUGCCAUAAAUUAUAUAGAUAUCUUGUAUAGGAAUUUAAAGCAUAUUGUGUAGCUGUGUUGGGCUACCAGCCUUUACAUUGAGAUGUUGAAGAUAAAGUUUCUUUGUUUCUGCAUUGAGUGCGUUGGCGCUUAUGGAUAUCGCUUGUAUUUGUUCCGAAGUUGACUGCUCUAAUGUUAAGUUAUUGUAUUUAGAUAUUUUAAUGUGUUAUUUAUUUGUAGCUUUAUAUGACGCUUUAACUAUCGUAGCGGAAAACAUAAUCUGUUGAAUAAUAAUUGAUUACAGUAUUUUUCAAGUAGACGGGUUGGAUUACAUUUAAUUUUAGCGCUUAAAACUUUGAUGUUUUUUGUUCACUUGUAUUGUUAUAAUUGUGGUAGAAGAGUAAACUUUACGUGUUCAUUUUGUCAAUCCUGUUUAGAUUACUUAGAUUAGAUAGUUAGGAUAGUGGUAUAUCUUUAGAAAUUUGCAUCCACAUUCCACGUUCUCUUUAAAGGCAUUGUUAAUCCAUUGCUAUCAUGCAUUCAUUAUUCAAAGAGUCUUCCAAUAGAUUAUAUUUUAAACUACCUUUAAAUAUUUUAUUAGCGGACCUUAUUUUAUUUACGUUUGUGCCAUAAUGAUAAUGUGUAACCCAUUAUUGUCAAUAACAACUAAAUUGGAAAGUCUAGCCAACGAGAAUCCAUAUUAAAGUUCUAAGUAAAUGUAAAACCAAAGUGGUCGAUGAAAAAAGUAAGUAGGUAUACAAUACGGAUAAUGAUACUACGAGUAUGUAUUCAAAAUAUGAACUGAAUGACUUGAAAGCUAAGUUGACUAGACUAGAAGGAGUCUAAAAUAUCUUUGUAAUAUGUAUUUAUAUAAUCUUGGCUAUACUUUGAUAAUAAUUUAUGAUUUAAAAAGCCAACACAAACGGAAUGAGCACUUUUAAAUUAUUUAAUACGACGGGAACAAUAAUAUCGACCUAAUAAUAUUUUUUUGAAAUAUUUUGAUUGUAGACAAAGAAAAUACUAAUUAAUAAGACACUAUUGACGUACUCUAUACCGAUAAUUCGUAUAGUCUGAUCAGAUUAGAGAUUUCGUAGCGAUAUUUUUGCGAUGUAAUGGAUGUAGUGUCAGUAUUUUGGAUAAAUUUUUGAAAUUUUUAGCAGUACCUAUUACUUACCAUGGACCCAGUAGUUAGGCAAAAUGAGACACCAAAGUUUUUAUAAUAUAAUUGGUAGGUAAUUUUUGGAGCUUAUUACGUAAUAUAACUGUCGAUGUUUCAAUGGUUUUCGGAACUAUGAGAAACAACACUGAUAGCUGAUAGACUUAGUUGUUACGUCCAAUUUUUAUUUCAUAUACAUUUUUGCUGUGAUAGGCGAUCCUGGUAGUGGAAAGAACAUUGUAUAAUAUCUGUGUAUGAACGUGUGGGAAUGUUUUGUUUGAGUCAUAGUUCUAGAUCUUCUAUAAGGGCUUGUUCUUGAAUAAAGCAUUUGCUAGUAGACAUAGCGAAAACGAUAUUAGCAUCAGUUAUCAGCGAUUUUCGUUGCAUUUGUCGGCGUUCACUUGCAGUAUUAGAAUCGAUCACUAAUUGUAUCAGUGUAUUGAUCGCAGUCAAUAUUAGGCCAUAUUCAGUUUUAACAAAUGCUCGCUAAAUUACUCUCACUGUUAUUCAUAGGCAUGACAAGAUAGUGUUUAGUCACUGCGUUUUCAAAAAAAUAUGUGACUGCCGAUUACUUAUUUAAGGUCUAAGGAUAAACUAAAGCAAGAAUCGAUAGUUUCGAAUUAAUGCUACCAGAAAGAUAUUCAGAAAGAAUACCUUUCGCAGACCAUUACGCAGACUUCGAUAGGAGAUGAUGAGGAUGGUGUCAACCAAAAAGCAUUUAUAGAAAAUAAAUGGAACAAAGCGGACAUUUUUCAAGUCUUUACAGCUGGUUGAGAAGAAUACCAUCAAAAUCAAAAACAGGGAGUAAAAAUCCAAUUCACUAGUGCGGUCACAGAUGCUGUCCGACAAAAUAGGCCCAAGCACACUUGUAUUGCAGCGUAAUAGAUAAAAAUAUUCCUAGAUCCGAUUUUCUACAUCGAAAGACUCUUCUAGAGGUGAGCUCAAACGAUUUUUGAUCUAUUUACUACCUACACGUUUUAAGUUGAUACUAAAUGGCUGACAAAAACAAAAAUUAGAAGAAAGUUCUACUGAAAUUGUGAAUGGUUUAAUAACUAUUCGACCUCAUUAAACGCUCCUAUGGUUGUCCAUAAGGGUGUGAUGAAAAAAUAAAUUUCAUCACUAUUCCGGUAGAUUUGCGAUCAACUUAAUACUAUUUAUUGCUCAAAAUGCUCUACAAUACUAAUGUAACUUUCAAAACAUUUUAGAAAUGAUUUUUUUGUACACUUUGUAUCUAUUUUACAUAUUUUGUGCAAUAUUUUUCUACACGUAGCAAUUUUUUUACUGGCAAAUAACUUCUGAAAAGGUUUCGACAUACAGUUUAUUUGUAUGUGUUAGGUGUAAAAAUAAUAAAAAAAACUAGUUGUAAUCUGUAACUUUUAUUCAUGAAACUAUACUUCUCUUAAUCUGUACGACUAUUUAUGUCGAUAUUACGAUAUUUAUACAUAAUUGGAAUUCGAAAAUAUUUAAUCUACCUAAUAAACCUAUCAAUUGUUAGUUUAUCUGAUAAAGCUUUCAUUUUAAAUAUGUACUUUGAAAAAUGUAUGUAAAAAUGGGCUGAAUUUUUCAGACAUUAAUAUUUUACACUACUGUAAACUUAAAAUCAAAAAAAUCCAGAACAAAAUUUUGACCCUGCACGCAAUUUUUGCAUUUUGAUCGAUUAAAACUUUCAACUUUUUGAAAGUUUAUGAAAGGGUAUAAAAUGUUUAUAUUUGUUCAAUAAAAGAAUGUACUAGUUUGAAGAAUCUAAUAGCAUUCACCCAUCCCAUCGGUCAUAUUCAUAUACUAUCUAUUAAUAUGAGAUUUAUUACCGCAGUGAUUCAAAAAAUAUUCAGUUGCCAUAUCUCAGUUGUAUCUAUGUAUAAACGAAAGAUCUUUAAGUAAUAUAUUUUAUCUAAUAAUAUUAGAUAAUAUUUAGAAGUAUGAUAAUAUUAAAUGAAAUAAAAUUUUAAGGAAAAUAAUUAUGUAGGUACUAAGAUUCCUUUUGUUUGCAGUUUCGAAAUAAUAUAUACAAUAAUUUCAUUUUACCAAUGAUUUAGUGUACCUAUAUAAUACCCCAAUAUAUGAAAUUGUAUUUUUUAAUUUAUUUGUGAUUUUUGUACACUUUAACAUAUAUAUGUUAUUAUUAUAUAUUGUAGGUAUAUGUAUAAAGCAAGACCUGUCUUGCUUCACUGUAUGUGCUACAUAGGCAUGUACCAACUCCACAUUAAUAAAUAUUAUAUUUUGUAAUAUUUUUGUACAAAAUGUUCAUCUAAACAUAUAUUUACUCCUUUGUGUGCGCUAUAGUUAGAAAAUGUACUCUUAAUACUUUAAAUAUGUACCUACCUUCAUUAUAGAAUUUAAGAAAAUUAUAAUAUAAAUUUUACAUUCAAUAAACAUAAUUAUUAUCUGCAUAAUUAAGUACAUCAUACAAGCCUACUAGAGAUCGUCUAAAUUAAAAAUGGACUACCUUCCACCACGUUUUUGCUCACAUGCAAAAUAGCAGCCACAGAAUAUAUAAUAUGAAAUUUAUAUACUUGGAAAAUGUCGCGUCGCCAUUGGCUCAAUUUCUGAGACGAACGACUUUUUCUGACUCAUAACGAGAUUUAAAAAUGUGCGGAAACCCGCAUAGAAACGCGUCUAUGCUUUUAGUAAAAAUGUUUCCUAAUAAAAUACUAGUGUGGAUGGAGAGUGAAGAUGGAGAGAGAGAUGGAGAGAACAAUCUCUACUAGCGUGUACAUAUGAGUAAAUAUUUGUAAACUAUCACCUGAUACUCAAUCACUGAUAUACAUAUACAUUACACAAGCAUAAGGAAAGUAUUGUAAAUUUUGAGAUUAUUAUCUUAGGCCAAUAUGCUGUUUUUACGUAGUCAGCAUUGAGAAUUACGAGUAUUUUAUUUUACUUUUAAGUAGUUUUUGUUGUUAGACAUAUUUGUGUAAUAUUUGUUGUUUUGUUGAUAUAAAUAAACUUUAUUUAUCCCCCCCAAUAUACAAAUCUACUUUGGUUUUUAUCUACAUAUUUUUUUUUUGUGGUGGAAAAUAAAUGCUUACAGUAAUUAACAUUUCUUGGUACGAAAAACGGUAUUGCUAGCGGACGUGUAGUAAAAUUGUUAUUUUCCAAAUUUUUCUCAACACAUUUUUUAUUUACUUGUUUUUAUACAGAGUGUUGCGAAGUAUUUCCCAUAACUUCGAGGUGUUAACUAAUUUUUUUUAAAGGACGCGAUUUAAGGGACACAAUUUAACAAAACAAAUAUUUCUUACUCCGUAAAUAUUCAUUUUAGAACACAUAUUCCUUAUACAAUUCUAAUUAAUUUUCCAUAAAGAAUAUAACUCUAGAGUCAUGGGAAAUACUUCCGAGCAUCCUGUAUAUAAUGGUGGUGGAGGUGUUUUUAUUACACAUAUAUUUAUUAUAACUUAAGCCUUAAACAAAUUUAAAAAAUUGUUUAUAAUGCUCAGCGGACGCAUUGUAGAAUUCGAUGGUUUUGUGUUUCAUGUGUUUGGGUUUCAUGACAAUUUUGCAGAAAUUAAGUAUUGUUUUUCAUUUUCAUAUACCAAAAAACGCGUUUGUUAUGCCUUGUAUAUUAAGUCCACUGCGGUAUUAUGAAAUAUUUCAAAAACUACCUACUUAGUUUAAAGUGAUAGUGAUACUAGAAUAAUGUUUUCGAUUAUAUAUAUUUGUAUACUAUUUAUUUGUUUAGGCGAGAUUGUGAAUAGCUAUAAGAAUAUCUUCUUGGAUGUUUAACGUUUACAAGCAAAUAAACUUUCUUGAAAUUAUCUCAAA